AUGUCAGUGAACGCUCAUUUGGUGGGACAGAGCGAAAACGCAAAGGAUAUUCCAAUUAAAUCAGAAAUAUGGAAGACCCUAAACUGGAGAGCGGUUCUUGCAGAAGUUAUCGCAACUAUGCUCCUUAUCUCCUUGGGAUGCAUGACCUGCAUACCAAUUGAUGGAUUCGCAAGCCACCCAAUGUAUGGACCUUUGGGAUUUGGCCUAAUCGUCACCUUUAACAUUCAAGCGUUUGGUCACAUCUCAGGAGCCCACAUGAACCCAGUUAUCACUUGGGCUGCUGUUAUUUGGGGACAAAUUUCAUGGAUCCUUGGAAUCGCCUACAUUAUAGCUCAGUGCAUUGGAUCUAUAAUAGGGUAUGGGAUUUUGGUGGCAUUGUCACCGGAGGGAUUUAUAUCAAGCGGUGUUUGUACAACGACACCAUUGUUGAGGUAUUCGAUAUAUCAAGCGAUAGGUAUAGAGGUUGUUUUGACAGCUGCAUUAGUGUUUAUCACUUGCGCGCUGUGGGAUCCAGUUAAUAAGGAUCUACAAGAGAGCAGUUCAAUUAAGUGCGGUCUGACCGUAGCUGGGUUAUCUUUAGCUGGUGGGCCAUUAACCGGAGCUGGAAUGAAUCCUGCAAGAUCACUGGGACCAGCCUUGUGGACUUUCACGUGGCGGUCGCAUUGGAUUUAUUGGGUUGGGCCCUUUUUAGGUGCGACAGUUGCUGCCUUUUUAUAUAAAUGUAUUUGGCUGAAAGUUGAUAAAAUCAAACCAGAUAUACCGACAUGGCCUGAUGGUAGUGAGGGAUUGGCAAAAAUUCUGUAA